ACGUGUACAAAUAAAACGGUGUGUUUCGUGUACACCAGUUCUUCCUCUCUUCCCUUUGUCACAGAGAGCAAACAGGGUAAUAAUCUACUUCUCACAUCUUGGAAUCUCCAUUCCAAGAUAUAAUGACCUAUCAAAGCUUGAAGUAAUUACUCAGAUACAUCAUAUUGAAGUGCUAAAUCUUCUCCAAGAACUCAGCCUUAUUAUUCAUCUGCAUCUCCUUAUUACAAAACCCAAGACUGAUUUUUCACAUAAUAGCUGCUACUCUCACCGAAGCUUCUCUCUCUCUCUGAGAUCAAGCUUUAUUAUCUCCUUCCCAAAGCUUUCGUUAAUUCUCUCUGUAUCUGUCUGAAGAUUGUCUCUUUUCUCUUCGGUGAGACCGUGGAUCACCUUCUCUACGAACACAAGAGUUGGGAUAAAAGUCGGAUACGAAAUUUUCUUGGGCGCAGAUUCGACUGGACUUCUUGAGACUGUAGAUGUUUUUCUUCUUUUCUUCUUGGGUGCAGAUUCCGCUGGGUUUCUUGAGAGACUGAUAUUAUUUUUUUAUUUUUUAUAUAUCGGCCACAUCAGCCGAUUACGCCAAAGGUACCCAACCCCGGGUACCUGUAGCAGUUUUGUUGGCAAAAACUCCGGUGGGUCGAGGAUUUAUGCAAUCUGGUCCUCCGAGUUCUUAACUCUACUCAACUCCAACAUCUGAAGUUCUCCACGACCUUUUUCUCCCCCUCUUUUCAAAGAAAUUCCCUCCCGAUCGACUCAAUUCGGACGAAGCCCAGAAAGAACUGAAGUUCACCCAGUAUAAUCUCAAAGAACUUUCAGUAAGAGAUGAAUGGGAAAAACCCAAUAAGUAAUAUCUGUAUUCCACCAGCACUGUUACAUAAAAGUGAUUCCAAGGACAUUAUUAUGGGCGAUUUUAUUGACAAGUUGGAAAUUGUGAGAUGGCAAAACAAGCCAAUACCGUUUUCCUUGAAGAAUGGCUGAGAAGCAUUAGUGGCGGUAGCAGCAACGUUGGCUCUUCAUAUUCCUCUCCCUCAUCGGCCCGAGCUAUUAUUCAAGCUUGGGCUGAGCUUAGAGAUUCCCUUCAACACCAAUCAUUUCGUCCCCAUCACCUCCAGUCUUUGAAAACCCUUCUCAACUCCCAAACGUCUCUUCAUGUCGCUGACCCGCAAGCUAAGAUUAUCCUUUCCAUCGUUUCCUCUGCAAACCUCUCUCUUCCGCCUGAAUCAUAUCCUUUCUUUCUAAGGCUUCUUUAUAUCUGGGUCAGGAAAUCCUUCAAACCCUCUCUGGCUAUGAUUGAUUCCACUGUGGGCAUCAUUUCUCAACUUUUCAAAGCUCAGUCUGAUUCUAUAAAGAGUCCACUCUUCUUCUCUGAAGGCGUUCUCCUUCUUGGUGCAUUAUCUUUGGUGCCUUCUGUGUCUGAAAGCUCUAAAAUAGUCUGCUUGGAUAUGAUCUGUAGGCUGUUGAGGGAGGAGUACCAGUUGAUUGGUUCAUCAGAAGAUCUUAUUUCUUAUAUCCUUGCGGGGAUGGGAUAUGCUCUAUCUUCUUCUGUGAAUGUUCAUUAUGUUAAGAUUUUAGAUUUUCUAUUGGGAAUUUGGGGGAGAGAAGGUGGGCUUCAUGGUAGUGUGUCUCAUGGGCUCAUGAUUCUGCAUUUGAUUGAAUGGGUGUUAUCUGGUUUGAUCAAUGUCUGUUCUUUUGAGAAAAUUAAUGUUUUUGCCCAUGAAGCUUUAGAGACUUCAAAGGCAAACUAUGUUCCGUUUGUUGUUGUCAUGGCUGCAGCUGGAGCGUUGAGGGCUCUCAAUAAAUCCACAAUGAGUGGUCUGGGACUAGAGACUGUUUCCGGACUAAGGAUUUCUGCAGAGAAUCGGAUAGAAUCUGUUGCAAGAAAUAUUAUUUCCAGAAGUGGUGUUACUAAUUUGGGUAAUGAUCUUACAAACAGUUUUCUACUGCAGUGUUUUUCAUUAGCACUUGCUCGAAGUGGCUUGGUUUCUUCAAAGGCCCCUCUGCUUAUAUGCCUUGCAUCUGCAUUGUUGACUGAAAUCUUUCCCUUAAGACGAUUAUAUACAAAAUUACUUGACUUCCCACAUGCCAACUCAGUAAGACUGAGGCAUGAUGAGGUAAAAAAACAUGUGGAUAGUGUUCCCUUUAAGGAAGCAGGUGUCAUAACUGGUGUUUUCUGCAAUCUGUAUACUUCAGUAGAUGUAGAGAGCAAAUGUGUGGUGGAGAAUCUUCUAUGGGAUUACUGUCAAGAUAUCUACUUGGGACAUAGGCGGGCAGCUUUGUUGCUUCAAGGUAGAGAGGAUGAGCUACUUCGGGAUAUGGAGAAAAUUGCUGAAUCUGCUUUCCUUAUGGUUGUAUUUUUUGCGUUGGCUGUAACAAAAUACAAAUUAAAUACAAAAUUCAGCCAGGAAACACACAAGGACAUACCGGUACGCAUAUUAGUUUCAUUUUCUUGUCUAGAGUACUUCCGCCGCAUUCGUUUACCAGAGUAUAUGGAUACAAUUCGAGGGGUUGUAGGGAGUGUUCAGGAGAAUGAAUCUGCUAUAGUCUCCUUUGUGGAAUCUAUGCCUUCUUACACGGAUUUGACAAAUGGACCAGAUUUAUGCUCCUCUCAAAAGAUGGAAUAUGUAUGGUACAAGGAUGGUGUGCAAACUGCUCGCAUAUUGUUUUACCUACGUGUCAUUCCAACUUGCAUCGAACGUGUGCCUAUUUUUGUACUUAGGAAGGUGGUAGCUCCAACUAUGUUUCUACAUAUGGGACAUCCAAAUGGAAAAGUAGCUAGAGCAUCACAUUCCAUGUUUUCAGCACUCAUAUCUUCAGGGAAGGAUUCUGAUCAGGAUGAAAGAGUAUCAUUAAAGGAGCAGCUUGCUUUCUAUUACAUGCAGAGAUCUUUAUCGGGAUAUCCCAGCAUCACUCCUUUUGAGGGUAUGGCUUCAGGUGUUGCAGCCUUGGUUCAUUAUCUUCCUGCUGGAAGUCCAGCCAUUUUUUAUUGCGUCCACAGUCUUGUGGAAAAAGCCAACACACUAUGCAGUGACAUCUUCUCUCAAGAGGUCAGUAUGGGGAAGAAUUGGCAUGGAGAGUCGGAGCCUUGCAAGAAAAUUCUAGACUUGCUUCUACGGCUUAUCUCCCUUGUUGAUAUACAGGUGCUACCGCACUUGAUGAAGUUGUUGGCACAGCUGGUCGUCCAGCUACCCAAAGAUGGUCAGAAUAUGGUUCUCAAUGAGCUAUAUUCACAGGUUGCAGAGUCUGACGAUGUCACACGCAAACCCAGCCUAGUUUCAUGGCUGCAGUCACUGUCUUACCUUUGUGCUCAAGCUGCAAGUGGAAGUGCCACCUACAAAGGGAUGGAAAGGGUAAAUAUGACAUCCGCAUGGAGUACAGACUCAUUAAGCCUGACUAAACUAAAUGCACGACUCUGAGGCAUUGACUUUGCACCUAAUUGGUUUCUUGUCCGCAGUCCUCUCUUACUCUAUGAUCUAGUUACUUGGGUCUCACCUCGAAGUCUGUCACAGUACCUAUUUCCUGCAGUAACUGGUACAACAUCAAUGACACUAGAAUUGGGAAUGCCAGGGCUACUCAAAACUCCUGGAAUCAUGACAGAAGUUCAACAAGAGGUCUAGAAAGUAGAAUCAGAUACAAGAUUAAUAGGCGAUUGCCCUUUGUCUUUCAGAACUGUAGCAAAUGCAGAUAAAUGCGGUCAUCUAGUCUCAAACAAUGCGCAUGGGAAAACCCCAACUCUCUGUCGGGGCUUGGAUUUUCUUUCGUUUGAGUUGGUACCAUUUAGCGCGGGCAAGUGAUUCUGGCCUGCUUUCCCAUUUGCCAUCUGAACACCACUUGACUCGCUUAAUGCCGGCUUUACUUUUCACUCCCCUGAUUGGAAGCCUGUAAUUGGAUGAAACAGGAGUCUUGAUCGGAACUUUAAAAAUGGGAGGAGAGGGGAGGGGGAACUUUGGAGUUUGGGGUCAAUUUGCAGCUGGCUCACCCCUAUUUGCCAUUCACGUCCAUUUAGUUCUUUGCGGGCUAAUGAUCAAACAAGCAGAAAAGUGCCUUUUCAAUGAAGUUGGUAUACUUGGUGACUAUCAGAUAUAAGUCUAUAUCCGUUUUUUAGUUCAAGGUUCUAUACCAUUUUGGCUCCUUGUAAUCAAUGAGUCUUCAAGUCUUCAAAUGUAUGACGACUUCCUGUUCAGAAAAUGAAGCUAUGAUGCAGCAUUGCAGUUGCCUUUCCCUGGAAUCAUAAAAGGCUCAUUUCUGGCUCCAUGAUAGAAAGCUCGCUUGAAUUCAAUGUCUUCGGGUAAAUGACAUGUGUACGAGUCCUCGUGAUAUUUUUUAGAUGCAUUUGACUGAAAUGUUAUUCUGGGUUCAACGAUAAACUGUAGAAACUGCUUUGGUUUUCUUAACCAUCUGAAAGAUAAUGGAUUAGGAUUCGGUUCUGCCA